AAUCGGAUUCGGAUUCGUCGACAAGUUAAGAGACCUCAUAUGAACUUAUUUCUUCCUUGUUUGGUUCGACCUCGAUCGGGGUUGAGUGGGCUGUGGCGGUGAAAUCGAGCCCAAAUCGACAGUUGCAGCAUGGUCCAAAGCGAGCCCAAAAUCAACAAGAAGGCCGGCCCAAAGGCUGAGGCCCAUGGACAGCUGCAGCCAUCAAAGCCGCCCCACCAACACAACUCCCCACGAGGCCCCGAGCAUAUCAUCGCCUUCGCCGCAAAGUCCCAACACUAGCGGCGACCGGCGAGGACUCCGGCGGCGACGUGGGUGGGACUGAGAAGCGCCGCCGCUGACACCAGCGAGACGAGGCGGCGACCUCCGUUGACGAGUAAAUCUAUAGGAAAUGGCUGACGGUGAGGAUAUCCAGCCUCUUGUCUGUGACAAUGGCACUGGAAUGGUCAAGGCUGGGUUUGCUGGAGAUGAUGCACCAAGGGCUGUUUUUCCUAGCAUUGUUGGUCGUCCUCGCCACACUGGUGUCAUGGUAGGGAUGGGGCAGAAGGAUGCAUAUGUUGGUGACGAAGCACAGUCCAAGAGAGGUAUUCUCACGUUGAAGUACCCAAUUGAGCAUGGUAUUGUAAGCAACUGGGAUGACAUGGAGAAGAUCUGGCAUCACACUUUCUAUAAUGAGCUUCGUGUUGCACCUGAGGAGCACCCUGUGUUGCUCACUGAAGCUCCCUUGAACCCCAAAGCCAACAGGGAGAAAAUGACACAGAUUAUGUUUGAGACGUUCAAUGUUCCUGCCAUGUAUGUUGCAAUCCAAGCAGUGCUUUCACUCUAUGCUAGUGGCCGAACAACAGGUAUUGUUCUGGACUCGGGUGAUGGUGUGAGCCAUACUGUUCCCAUCUAUGAAGGAUAUGCACUUCCUCAUGCAAUCCUUCGUCUGGAUCUUGCUGGCCGUGACCUCACGGAUUCUCUUAUGAAGAUCCUCACUGAAAGGGGUUACUCGUUCACAACCUCUGCCGAGCGGGAAAUUGUGAGGGACAUCAAGGAAAAGCUUGCAUAUGUUGCACUUGAUUAUGAGCAAGAGCUGGAAACUGCCAAGAACAGCUCUUCAAUUGAGAAGAGCUAUGAGCUGCCUGAUGGCCAGGUGAUUACCAUUGGCUCAGAGAGGUUUAGGUGCCCUGAGGUCCUCUUCCAACCAUCCAUGAUUGGUAUGGAGUCCGCUGGAAUCCAUGAAACAACCUACAAUUCCAUCAUGAAGUGCGACGUAGAUAUCAGGAAGGACCUGUAUGGCAACGUAGUGCUGAGUGGAGGCACAACAAUGUUCCCUGGCAUCGCCGACCGUAUGAGCAAGGAGAUCACUGCCCUUGCUCCAAGCAGCAUGAAGAUCAAGGUUGUCGCUCCACCUGAACGCAAGUACAGUGUCUGGAUAGGAGGGUCUAUCCUGGCUUCUCUCAGCACCUUCCAGCAGAUGUGGAUAUCGAAGGAUGAGUAUGAUGAAUCUGGCCCAGCAAUUGUUCACAGGAAGUGCUUCUGAGUUUCUCAUGCUGCCCUGUGCGUCGGUUUGUACUAGAGGAGAAAUAGUUGCCUUUAUGCAGCCAUAAACUGCCUGUGAAUUGUACGUCACUCUCUUAUGUGGUUGGUUGCUCCAGAUAUCGUUGUACUAUGUUCUUAGCUCUGUGACUGUGAGGUCACCUCUGGAACUUCUCUGGCUUGGUUGGUUGGAUGGAGUUGUGAUAGCUGAUAGCCCUGGUGUUGUUUGGGGUACAAACUCAUGUGGAAUUUUGAACUAUAUAUAUCCGUGUCUGGUCAUCUGGUGACAUGUUUGAUGCGUUUCUAGUAUACCUACCAAA